UCUAGAGUUCUUGCUGAAAGCGUAUUCGCAAACGUUCUUCGAGGCUUUUUUCGAGAAAUGAAAGGAAACAUGUUCCUCAUCCUGGGACUCGCUCUGGUGGUCACAGCUGACCUAAGUAUGGCCGAUGAUCGUUGCCCACCAGUGGAUGACCCACUCCAACCGCCAGUCCUUUUGCCCUACCCAUCCGACUGCAGCAAGUUCUUGAUCUGCAGCCAUGGACACGCGAUCGUGAGCAAGUGUCCGCCAGGAUUGCACUGGAACGAUGCACACAAACAGUGCGACUAUCCAUCGCAGGCGCAGUGUCUGCCAGAAAGUGAAACCCAAAACGCACCGGAACCGUCUGCGAAUUGCCCGGAGGUGUACGAUCCAGAUCAUAUGGUGUAUGUGCCGCAUGAGCAGGACUGCAGCCGGUACUACAUUUGUGAUCCGUUCGGUGUGGAACUCGAGCAGCAGUGUCCGUCUGGGUUGCACUGGAAUCCGUUGGUGAACUACUGUGAUUUCCCGGAGUUGGCGCAAUGCGAGGAACGAACCUUGGAGUAGGUCACACACCCGUCUUCUGCCUUGACGUCAAUGCCAGCCGACGACGUAUUACAGUGAAGUGCCUCUGCUGCUUUGUCUAGUGAUUGUAAAUAAUCAGUUAAGAAAAAAAGAACCCCAUUUAGGUUUAUCUGCUUGAUAA